AUGAAUGAGCUAAAUUGGCCAAAUACUGCAGUGAAGAUAUCUGAUGACAAUGAGUUGUGUGAAGUAAAAAGGAUAUCGAUGAUAUCGCUUUUAUGUUCCGACAGUAGGUUUGAUGUUUUAGAAAAAUUUUCGAAUUUAAGAACGUUGAUACGAGUGAUUGCAUGGUGCAGGAGAUUUGUGAAUAAGUGCAAUAAAUCAAUAAAGGUAAACGCACCUUCUUUAACUGCUGAUGAGGUUACUGAUGCAUUUGAUGUUGUUUUGAAGUUGAUCCAGUGGGGCGAUUUUCGCCAGGAGAUAGAGUGUUUAACGAAAUAUGGUACGAUUAAUAAAGGAAGUAAGAUUUUGGGACUGGAUCCAUUUUUGGACAGGCAUGGACUUUUAAGAGUGGGGGGACGCUUAAGAAACUCAAGGUACACUUUUGACAAAAGACAUCCAAUCAUUUUGCCGAAGAGUCAUUUUGUAACAAGGCUGAUAAUAAAGGCUGAACAUCUGAAGUACAUGCAUUUAGGAGCACAGGGGUUAUUAGCUAGUCUACGAGAAAAAUACUGGCCUGUGUCUGGUUUGGCAACUGUCAAGGGAGUGCUCAGGAAUUGUCACGUGUGCUUUAAAUUCAAUCCCGGAAGAGAGUUUAGCUUGAAAAUGGCGGAUUUGCCUUACGAGCGAAUAAAAGAUUCUAGACCGUUUAAAUUUGUAAAUGUCGAUUUUGCCGGACCGUUUGUUAUAAAGGAAUCGAAAUUUAGAAACAAAAGAUUAAUUAAGUCUUACGUUGCUGUAUUUGUGUGCUCUUCUUCUAAGGCUGUUCAUCUGGAGCUGGUCAGCGAUUUAACGUCUGAGAUGUUUUUGAACUGUUUUAAACGAUUUGUGGGUAGACGUGGUGUUUCUGCUAGCAUAUAUUCUGAUAAUGCCACGAAUUUUGUUGCAGCCAAUAAGGAUUUCCAAUCAUUUUUUAAUCAGAGUAAAGAUUGGUCAGAAGAUGUAUUUAAUGGAGAACAAUGUAAAGUGGCGAUUCAUACCUGCACGUACUCCUCACUUCGGUGGAUUACAUGA